UGCAACCCGCCGAAGCUACAGCAGAGAAGGAGAAAAAAUGUCGCUGGCUUCGACGCGGACCGUUCUAGGAUCAGUGUCCUUUUAGGAAAAAUCAGACGUCACGGCAAUUCGAAUGAACCCUCUGCUGUGGUGCGGCUGUGAGAGAUUGAAAGCUUCGUGAAACUGUACAAAGAAAGUGAAACGUUCUAACAGUUGUAAUGUGGGAGGUUUUACCUUGACUAUAGAGAGAUUCAUCCCCUUUUGUCAGCUCUAAACAUAACCAUUUAAGAACAGAGGGGUAUAGUGUAACACUACAUGGGCCUCUAAGGUAACGUGAUCUGAUAAUUGAAGCCUCUGGAGCCUCCUUCCUCAGACAGAAAGGUAACAAUGGACCCAUCUACUAGGGUGGUGGGUCUGGAUGCCCAGGGGAACAUGGUUUUCACAGUGGUGAAACCAGUAAUGGGCAUCUUUCAGGUGUCUUCAGAGCAAACAGGUAGUGUUGCACAAGGGAGCAUGGGGCUACAGGGCCUACCUGAAAACACAUUGAUCCUUCCUCAAGUGCAAGGCCAAGCUCUGGACCAAGACCAGAUGGAAAUGCACACCAUACAGCCUCAGAUUCAGAUGCCCCAGAUGCAGGUUUCUGCCCCAGUCCAGACUGAGGUUGUGUCGCAGAGUCAGGACCCACCACCAAACUCGAGCACAAAUUCAGAGUCCGCUACCCACAUGCCUUUUGCAGAGGUGUCGUCACUCCUGGAUCCCAACAUGAAAGGAUCUAAGGCUCGAAAGUACCUCAUCUCUUAUGAUGAAAUCAAGCGGCGCCUGGAGGCCCCGGAGAAGAUGUCGCUGCGCUCCCUGGCAGCCUACACUCGGGUCAGCAGAGGCCCGGCCAGCAAGAAAACACUUCUGGAGUCACUCAAUGUUCUCAGCCUUACGCCAAGCACAACUACCUCUGUGUCCUCCUCAUUCUCCAAACUCACUGAAGGCGACACCAGAGCUUUGUGUGAUGAUAUGAAGGACUUUUCCCACGACUACAUCAACUACAGCAACAUGGCUAAACAGCUCAUCCCCGAGACUAACACAGUCCAACACUGGUCCAAAAUUAUUGAAACUAGGAACCACCUGGAGGAUAUGAGAAAAUGUUUCAAGGACCCGGUCAACAGCGGUGCGUUUGACAACGUCACUCACGGUCUGGGUCUGGGAAUGUUGGACGUUGCACUGGACAUGAUCAUUAUGGUAAUUAAGCAUCAGAUUCGGAUCCUGUCUGGCGCGGCGCCAUCAGACCCGGCUGACUCUGGUCCUCCAAUGAGGCGCAUCCGCAGGCGCCUCCGCAAAGCCCGCUCGACUGACAACGAAAACCCUCACAAGGUGUCUGGAGGGGUCAAAGAGCCAGGGAAAGCCAUUUCAAAAGGCAAGGGGCGAGGCCGAGCCAGGAAGAAGGUAAGGCAGGACACUGGAGCAGCUGUUCCAAUGGAACCCCAAGCAGAGCAGUGCAAGACAGACGAUGUGGAGAAUAAUGUCCUCACCCUGGUGUCUGUUGGAUAUGAGACUGUUUCCAGUGGUCUCAAUGUAGCAGGAACUGUUUAACACCUGCUCACAAGAACCAUUUAUCAUUUCAGCGAUGGAACAUCAGCUCUGCACAAGUUUAGCUCCUGUGAAGGAGAUCACAGUUUCACACAGUGAGCUCAGCCUCAACGGAUAAUGUCCCAUCUUUAAGUCAAACUUUAAGGAAUAGUUGGACGUUUUGGGAACUACAUGCAUUAGCUUUCUUGAGGAAAUUGAUAUUGAGGCUGAACAAUUAAUUUGAAUUUGAUCAAAAUAGCAAUAUGGACUAGUGCAAUUUCCAAAUUGCAGGAGGAACAGUAUGUGUUUAAAGCAACAUGUGUGUCAAAAUAGCAUUCUGAUCAGAAUCUGGCCUACAAAUCAUAUUCCAAAGACUU